AUGAUUAAAACUUUAGGUUAUGAUAAUUUAGAGCUUGAAAAAAUAUACAAAUAAUUUUUUGUUGUUAGAUAGCAAAGAGAAUAAAUCAAUUAAAAAUUAGAGCAAUUAGGUAAUUUAGAAAAAAACCUUCAUAAAAAAUGGCAUUUAAAUAAAAGAAAUAAUGAAUUUGAUACCUAUUUUAAUUCUGAUUAUUGUUCUGUCUUUGUUUCUUUAACAAAUAAACUGGGUUAAAUUAAACAAGUUUCCACAAAUUUCGAAAAGAUUGUACCUGUUUUAAAUAACAAAGAAAUUGUUGGAAAGAAUAUAAGUGUUAUGCAACCUAGUUUAAUAUCUGAAGUUCAUGAUAAAAUAUUAAUUAAAUAUUUAAAUAAAUCUGUAACUUAACAAACAUAAUCUAAUUUUGAUUUGAUUUUGGGAGUUGAUAAUCAAGGAUUUGCUGUUGCAUACUAAAUAAAAGUACAAACUUACUUAAAAGGCGAUUAGGAUUUUGGAAUUUGUGCUUUAAUCAGAUAAAUACCAAAUUCUAAUUAAUACAUUUUACUUCUUCAAAAUUAAAACUUUGAAGUGCUCACUCUUUCUUAAAGUUUGUAUUUAGAUUUAUUUCAGUAAUAUAUCUCUUACAGCCAUAUUAAAGAAGUUUAUCUUUCUAAAAUAAUUCCCGCUUUUCCUUUGAUCUUCCUUAAUUGUUAACUUAACCCUGAAAACUCAAAAUUUUAAACAUUGAUCAUCCUCCCAAGAAAUAAAUAAUAAUAUCAAUACAUUCAAAACAUAACGAUAAAAGAAGAAAAUGUUUUUGAUAUUUUAGAUUAUGAAUUUUGUAGAGUCUAAGGUGAGUUAGUUUGUAUUAGAAAUGAGUUUAUAUCUGUUAUUUAAUGCAUAAUAUCUGAAGUAAAAAAAAUCAACAAAAAAAACGAAGUAAUUGAAGAAAUAGCAAAUCUGUAAAAAUAUUUAUAAUAAAAUUAAGAUAUCAAAAAGUAGUAUAAAAAGAAUAAAUUCAAAUACAAAGAAAAUUAACUAUUGGAAUGUCUAUUAUAAAAUUAUAGUAAAAAAUAUAAAGAGUCAAGAUAUUAAGAUAGCUUUGUUGAAAAUGAUUAAGAUACUAAAACAUUUGCAAUUUAAUAUCAAGAAUAUUCUCAAAGAUUGGAUUAAGAAAAGUAAUUAUUUACAACAGAAUCUAACACCUAAAAUACUCCCAGAGCUCUACUAAACUUUAAUACCUCUGCCAUUAAUAACUAGUUGGAAGAUUACAUUUAAGAAGAAAAUACAAAAGAAAUUUCUCAAAUUUUAUCUCCUAUUUCAACAGGAAGAAGCGGAACAGAUUAAAGAAUCAUAAAAAAUAAUUAUGAACUAGAAAGCAAUCAGCUCAGAUAAAUUAAAUAAAGUUAAUAAAAUAUUGAUACAAGUGUAUAAAGAUUUUCAAGAAAUAGUAAUUAUGGUUUGAAAAGAAAUACUUUCACAAUCAGCAGUGAUCAACUUGAAAAAUAAUCUUCAAAUUUAAAUGAUAAACAAAAGGAUAAAUCGUUUUCAGUAUUUUUUCAUUAAUAGCAAUCUUAAUUAUAAAGCUCUAAUUAAGAAGAGUCUUAGAAUAAAAAAUCUAAUAUAAGAAGCAAUAGCUCUGUCGUAUUAGACAUAUCAGAAGCUUUUAAAAAUACAGAGAUAUAAAAAACAGGAAGUAUUGCUUCUUAGAAGUCUACUAAUUCGAAUAAUAUGGGUGAGCAAAAAUCAAACAAAAUUUUAAUUGAAAAUUAGAAAGUUCCUGAUUUUUACAAUUCCUAAAAGUAUUUCCUAAAUAAAUUAAAAUUAAAGCCCUUAUGA